AUGAAUCCUCCCGCUGUCAAAGCAGAUCUGUCAGACAGACCAGGAAGAAGGGCUCCCUCCGAGCAGUCCGCGACUUUCAGCAGUCGAGAAGCUACACCAGUGUCGUCACUUUCGGCAAGACCUAAGGGAACAAGGGACACGGCAGAGCUUAAUUCUCUCUUUGAAGCAGACCUCACAAGUAUAAAAUCCUUAUGUACCUGUUCAAUCUGCGAUCAACUACUUUACGAGCCCUGGACAUUGGGAUGCGGCCACACAUACUGCUAUUCUUGUUUAUGUAGCUGGUUCAUACCCAACAGGAGGAAGAAGACAUGCCCCGAGUGUCGGACAAAGGUCAAAAAUAUACCAGCUCCUUCAUUUCUUGUGAAGCAGCUGGUCGAGGUCUUUACGAAACGGACAGAGCUCUUACCGUCGGAUGAAAGUGUCGAUCAACACACAAAACGUCGCGCGGAAGAAAUUGCAGAGGUAGAAAAGGACAAGAAUGGUCCAGAUGGACUUUUCAAAGGAACAUUUCCGAGCCGUAGUGCAGAAUUGUAUCGUGACGAGGUGGAUGGUGGGGUCAUGCGCUGCCGGGAAUGUGGGUUCGAACAUGAAGGGGGCCCUGAAUGCAUAAACUGUGGUGCAGACAUAGACGACGAUGGUUAUGCUUUUAGCGAUCUUGACGAGGACGCUGAGUUUGAUGGUCUGGAUGCUCUGUCCCUCGACAUGGACGAUGAAAUCGAUAUGGACUUAGUGGAGCAUAGCCUCUACGGCGUUAAUCAUCCAUACGCUGGCUGGCGGCACCCUGAUCCCCUACGCCAUAUCGACUUAAGCCACGACCUGGAUGACGAUUCCGAUUCGGAGAAUAGCGAGGACGCUGGGUCAUUGGAAGAUUUCGUCGAAGACGAUGAGGAUGACGAGCCCAUAAGAAGACCUGGGAGAUCUACCGCACGUUCUAACCAGUCCGCCCCGAUCCAAAUAUCGGAUGACGAGUCAGAUGAGGGUGGUGAAGUUUCGAGUCGUAUUCCUAGAAACAGAGGUCGAGCCUUCAGACCCUCAAUUUCGUCUUCGCCGUCGGUGGCCUCCAACACUGACGGUGCGGCGGAUGUUAGUGAUACAAACAGUGAGGCAGAUCGGUUACGACGCUCUGGCUGGAGCCCAUUGGACCAGGGACCUGAUAGUGAUGUGGAGGAGCAGUUUCAAUUCCGGAGCGGCUACGAAUAUACUGAGGAUGAUCAGAACUCGGAAGACAAUAGCGAUACAGAAACCAUUGGAGGAAAUGGCCCUUCUGAUGAGGAGACCGAUGCGUCCCGUGACAGCCUGUCACCAACACCGACCUAUGGUGGCCGGGACGGUUAUCCGCCUUAUAUUCCGCAUGAAAAUAUACCAACAGCAAAUGGCUACUCGAGUGCGAGCGAACCCAGUGAAGCUGAUGAUGAGUCCGAGUCAGGAUACAUGUAUGAUCGAGACGGUGAUACAGAAAUGUCACUUUCGCCUAGACUAAACCGUAACCGCAGUGAAACGCCUGGAGACGAUGAGCCGCAUUCAGCAAACGAAUAUCCGUCAUCACGAUCGACUCGCAGCAUGAGCCGAAAUGCUUACGAAAACUCACUAGAAACUAACGACCGCACCACAGAAGAUCUGGGCGUCGCGAACGAGGUCCUGGAUUUGAACGAUGAUUCUGACACACCAAUACGUCCUGUUCGGCGGCGUCGAGCAAUGAACCGUCAACAAUCACCAAAUGAAAGAGCUCGGCAGUAUGAUCCUAGGAUCAGUAUGAUAUUUGCAGAGCAUCAGCAAAGCUUACGAUCGGACUCAGAACAAACAGAUCUGGAUGAGCUCGAUAACGAGAUUCGAAGAUUCGAACCUGGCCCAAGAAAUAGAAGAAUGACAGCGUACCGACAUAUGCCACCACGUCGAAAUGAUCCUCUAAGAAUAACACGCUCUCCUUCUGCUACCAGGGUUAUUGCCUCAUCUAGCAGAGUUUCUAGGCCUCCUCGAAACUAUUCAUUUAAUCGAGGCCAGGCGGCAUAA